GUAACCGGUGUUCCCUCCAUCAUGUCUGCCGGUGAAACGAUGGAUUAAAGAGUAGAGCCGUUGUGUGUGAUGCCAGACACAAGCAUGCCUCAGAAAGGGCAUCUAACAACCCCACUGUGAUCAGAUAGAAAUGACAGUGUGAAGGCUGGCGUCCACUAAGGUGACCGUAGCGGCCUGGGCAGCCCAUCCACAUGAUCACAUGACUCUGGACAUGGACGCCGUCCUGUCGGACUUCGUCAGGUCCACUGGGGCGGAGCCUGGGCUGGCCAGAGAUCUGCUGGAAGGUAAGAACUGGGACCUGAGCGCUGCUCUCAGUGACUAUGAGCAGCUAAGACAAGUACACACUGUCAACCUGCCCACUGUCUUCAACGAGGGCCGUUACUACCGGCAACCGGACCACGACACCCCCCAGCACCUCAGCAAGGUGGAACGGCCCGGUGUCCAGAGACAGGAGGACAACAUGCAAGAGAAGCGCCUGUCUCGGGGCAUCUCCCAUGCCAGCUCUGCCAUCGUGUCGUUGGCACGGUUCCACGUGGCCAGUGAGUGUAUCAGUGAGCAGUUUCCUCUGGAGAUGCCCAUCUACACCUUCCAGCUGCCUGACCUCAGCGUCUACAGUGAAGACUUCAGGACCUUUAUAGAGAAGGACCUCAUCGAACAGUCUACCAUGAUGGCCCUGGAACAGGCUGGUCGUCUGAACUGGUGGGCCACUAUGUGUACCAGUUGUAAGCGUCUUCUUCCUCUGGCCACCACGGGGGACGGCAACUGUCUGCUACAUGCUGCUUCUUUAGGGAUGUGGGGCUUCCACGACAGAGACCUGGUGCUGAGGAAGUCUCUGUAUGGCAUGAUGAAGAGUGGAGCGGAGAGAGAGGCUCUGAAGAGGAGGUGGAGGUGGCAGCAGACACAACAGAACAAAGAGUCAGGGCUGGUGUACACGGAGGAGGAAUGGGAGAGAGAAUGGAACGAGCUGCUGAAACUAGCUUCUAGUGAACCGCGUACACACAGCAGCAAGAAUAACAACAAUACCGGAGGGGUGGAUAACUCAGAGGACCCUGUGUAUGAGAGUCUGGAGGAGUUUCAUGUGUUUGUCCUGGCUCACGUGCUGCGUCGACCAAUCAUAGUGGUGGCUGACACCAUGCUACGGGACUCAGGGGGAGAGGCAUUUGCCCCCAUCCCGUUUGGAGGGCUGUACCUGCCCCUGGAGGUGCCUCCUAACCUGUGCCACUGCUCCCCCCUGGUCCUAGCUUACGACCAGGCUCACUUCUCUGCCCUGGUGUCCAUGGAGCAGAAGGACCAGCACCAAGAACAAGCUGUGAUCCCGCUGACCGACUCAGAACACAAGCUGCUAUCUCUCCACUUCGCUACGGACCCUGGGAAGGACUGGGAGUGGAGCCGAGACCACAACGACAACAUCAAGCUAGCCAAUUUAAUCCUGUCUCUGGAAGCCAAACUGAACCUGCUGCAUAACUACAUGAACGUAACAUGGAUCAGGAUACCAUCUGAGACCAGGGCUCCCCUGGCCCAGCCGGAGUCUCCCACGGCGUCCCACGGGGGCGACGACGUCCAGUCUCUAGCCGACUCCAUGGACUCCGACCGCGACUCCGUCUGCAGCAACUCCAACGUCAACACCGGCAAGGUGGAGAAGACGGAGAGGCAGCAACAGCGUAAAGACAAGGACAAGACCAGGACGGACUCUGUGGCCAACAAGCUAGGCAGCUUCAGCAAAACCCUGGGUAUCAAGCUGAAGAAGAACAUGGGAGGUCUGGGAGGGCUGGUCCACGGAAAGAUCAACCGCUCCAACUCUGGAGGCAACGGCCGGAACAACGGAGGAGGAGGUGGGGGCGGCAACGGAGGAGGGACAGAGAAUAACGUAGAGAAGAAGAAGGAGAAAAAGGAAGGAAAAGCCCGGAAGGAUGGAGGAGGAGGAGAGAAGGAGGGCCAGUCUGCGAGUACGUCGUUCUCCUCGGACAAGACCACCAGCCCGUCUCCCACUGAGCGUCCCCAGGCGUGCCCUCUCCUCCCGGGGAACGGGACAGGGACAGGGGGGGUCUCCUGGCCAGGCUGGUGGGGGACAAGGCCCUGUCGGAGCACUGGAAGUACAGCACAGACGUCAAGCUGAGCCUCAACAUACUGAGAGCCGCCAUGCAGGGCGAGAGGAAGUUCAUCUUCGCCGGCCUUCUCCUCACCUCUCAUCGCCACCAGUUCCACGAGGAGAUGAUCUCCUUCUACCUGACCUCCGCUCAGGAGCGCUUCU